GUUUCAGUGAAACUGCCAAUGCAAUAUCAUCCGAAAUGGCGUCGGAUGGACCUUCCGCCAUGCCGCCGUCGACCACAUUGCCGUUCAAAUCUGCGUACGAACGCUAUGUCGACACCGUGUCGGAGAUCACAUCGCUCAACAUUCAGUUGGCGAUGCUGGAAACGUGCAGCCACACAAAGUUGGGCGAGUUUGCACGGCCGUUUUCGGUCCGGUUUGGUUGCAAAACAACCGGCGGCGGGUCGCAUCCCCCCGUGGCGCACCUCACGCCUCGCACAGUGUCGAUCGAUCACUUGUACGACGACAACGGCGUCAACUUGUACGAGCGAUUCCUUCGCAGCCACAUGCGGCUCGUGGCGGUGACCAAGUUGGCGUUUGGGCCGACGAGCGUCGAGUGCAUCGGCGCGGAACUCGCGCUCGCAGAGAGCUACAUGCGGGCGGGCUUGUGGAAGCAGUGCCAUGAUCAUGCGCGAGUGGCAGAGGCCAUUUUAAACGAAGACGACGGUGUCUUGAAUAGUCUGUCGCCUGGUGGGUCGUCGCCCCUUAAGAGCCCAAGCUCAAUGGUCAAGGGGCAUGCAAGUCGAACGACAGAUGCCCAACUCCAUCACGCACGAGCGCUGUUUUCCAAGAUGGGGGCGGCUGCCGGAUUGUGUAGUCGCCACGACAUCGUUGCUGCCUUCGGUGCCAGCGACUACUUCCAGCUCGUACAAGGCACAACGUUCAGUGGCGGGUCCACCAACGGGUUUACUGCGCUUUGCGACGCACAAGUCGCCGACGAAACGUUGGAUGCGAUCGAUGUGGAUGCCACUGGGUUUGUUCGAUGGGAUCAAGUUGUUUGGUACCUGCACACGCAAGACGCGUCGUUUCAGUCGUACUUGCGUCAUCUCGAGCGAACGAUGCAACCCGAGGUGUUGGCAGCACUCACGACUGCAUUUCAGUCAGUUCAAACCUCCCUGGACGAGAUAAACACCACCAGCCACCUGGUGUCGUCCGGCUCGAUCAGCGACGUCUUGCUCACCCACAACUCUGCUGACGUUCAGCGCAUCGGCCACUACGUGAAGUCCCCCCCGACAGCACAAGGAGCCCUCCAAAUCACUUGGCCCGAACUGGUCGAGGCUGCCAGUCGCGCUACCAUCAACGCCGCCCGCGCCGGCAUGCAGUGCAAAACGUUGCUGCUGCACGGACGGUAUCACAUGAAGCGGGGUCAAGUGGAUGACGCGAUUUUGUGGCUGCGACGCGCGGUGGCGGGGCAAGUCGUGGUCGUGGGGCGAGACAACCAUGACAUGGUCGACUAUUUCGUCGCGAUGGCCGACGCCCUAUGCCUCAAGCAUACGCAGUCGUUGCAAGUGGCCAAGGACGCUCACGACCAAUCGUUUGACAAGUGGUGUCUGUCGGAGGAAGGCGUGGCUGCGUGUCGGAAUGAAGCGUUGCAUAUCCUCGAAGAUGUCCAUCAGUCGUCGCGAGCCAAGUCGUUCAUGCAAAAACAGAAAACGAUCAAGUUGCCAUCGAAAAAAGAAGUCGAGGCCCUGGCACGACAAAAUCUGCGCGAUCGUCACCAGCAUGGCGGGGUUGGCAGCAAUAGCCAUCCCGCCACCUCCAUUUCCGCAUUUCUAGACGAGGCCACGGAGCUCUACGUCCACGUGUGGACGCUGGAAGAGCAGCAUUAUGGCCGACAAGAUGCCAACACGGCCAUUGCCUACGCUGGACUCGGCAAUGUGUACAUUCUUCGCAACGAACCAAAUGAAGCUGUGGGCUACUACACCAAGGCCAUCGACACAUUUGAAGCCGCUUGUGACGGCGCCGUGCCAGCCUCCGCCUUUCUUCGCAUGCACUUGGCCAAAGUUCACAUGCACCUGCAGCGAAAGGUCGAUGCCAUGACACUACUGCAUGAAGCCGCCACGUUCUUCAAAUCCCAUGCGAGUCAAUUCCUCGACUCGGAAACAACUCGACGGGAUGCAGCCGCGAACGCGAUCGAUGCCUGGCGUGGCUGGCUCCAGCUAGCCAACGGCGACGCUCAUGUGGACACACCAUCGAUCUACCGCAACAUGGUGGAGGCAGCCGAAAUAGGAUACGGUGAGUUUAGCGUCGAAGCUGCCGAUGCCAUGGUCGCUGAAGGUCACUACUUGCUCAAUGUGGGCAAUACCGAUAAAGGCGAAGAAGCGCUCACGGCGGCAAGCUACAUCAUGGAGAUCCACUAUGGCAUCCAUGACAAGCGAGUGCGCAAGCUGCGGCAGGAGGUUGUGUCUGUGGGGGCAAAGCGGAAGCAAGGUGAACCAUCGUCGUCGCCGUUGCAUUAUUCCGUGUUGUGACAAGUUAACAGCUAACAGUUAUUACUACUCACGUUAGUAUUUUUUGUGUUCUGAUUUACUGUUAACGCCAUGCUAAACGCGAGGUCCACAGCCGGGGUGUUGAAGGGCUACCAAGUUGUUUCUUCACUACUCCAACGGUGCGCACGGCUUCAAAUGACCCGCCACGAUGUCGCUAACCCCAAAUGCCUGGAAAGUUUGAGGAGCUUCGGACUCUUCUACGACGGGUGGUCCUUUGCCCCAUCGGGCUUGGAGAAUGGAGUUGACGUAUUCGCAGUGCAUUCGAAUGUAAUGCCACGUAGUCUCUCGGGUGAGUUUCUCGUAGUUGCUGUCCUCACUCGCCAUACAAAUCUGGCCACGUGGUCCAACCCAAAAUAGAAGCCAUUCGUCCCGCAGAUUCGUCAACACGCCGACGGGAGUAGGUAGAUACGAUUGCUUGUCGAAGAGGGUGUGCGCUGCAAUCAAGUACCCAGCGGUCUGAGUAACAUAGCCGGAAGACAGCUUCUCCGAUUUUUUCAGCUCCAUCAACACCACCACAUCGGUCGGACCAAGUAAGUCUCCGCAUGCAUGUGGGACGACGUACAAGUCGCAGGCUCCCGUAAGCUCGCGUUGGGAUUCGCCCACAGAGGUGUUGAGAUCGUGUGGAAUCUUGGGCUUCACCGCGAGGUUUGGAAAGGGCUGCAGCAUGUCGGCAACGUAGUGCAGAUAGUUUUCCUUGUUCGUCGGGUGGCUCUCUGGCAGUUCUUUGAUCCAGUUAAACUCACGAGGGCAGAGUGACGGGGGGGCUUCAACCGCUGGUAGUUUGGUUGGUUCCAUGAGAUACCCCAAGUUUUUGAUUGCCGGCAGCGACAAGGACGAUAUCGCGAUGGGUCUUGCGUCGUCUUGCUUGUGCUGCUUCAGGGCUUGGUUGGGGACGACCACGAACACGUAGACUUGUUCUUCGUUUGGUGGGAAAGUUCCUUCAAACGUUUUCUUGAUUGAAAGCAAUGGGUCCAUCUUCUUGAAGGCUCGCAGAUUCGCUUCAAGGUCGCCAUGCAGACGGUGGAGUGUCACCGCUUGUGCGUCCAUGGUGGAGAAUCCGGCACCAUUCGUCGCCAUAUACAGGUCCAAUUCAUCGGGUGGAAAUUGGUACUUCUUCUUGAUCGCGAUCUGCUCCUUGAGACCAUCGACGACCUCAUCCUCAGGGACAGUCACGGAGAAAGGACUACCGACACCUCCGACAACGACACAGAACAAUCGCAGCAUUUUGAAAAUUGGGAUUGAUGUACAAUUC